CAACGAUUGUCACUGAUUCUUAUACCUUCUUGGCCUAAACUCCAACUGAUCGCUGCCCUUGCAUCAGACCUACGACACCAUCGUGAGACAUGGCAGCACAGGCCAGUUCCAACUCCAACGCUACCGCGACCUCGGAACUCCAAUCCUCUCUCCGUGAGCUGGCUCUCACCAACAAAAGUCCCGUCAAAGACAUUGCCCGUCCAUCGAUACUUCCUCCCUCAGCUCUCAAGAAGAAGAAGGCUGCUCCCGUCGCAGAUUCAUGGGAAGAUGAGAUAGACGAGAGCGCUUCCGAGUCCGACGACCUGGACAACAAAUCGGCCACUAUCUCCCGAGAUGAUCUACCCGUGCUCUCACCAUCGAUCCGCGCCUCUGAAGACCCCCUUGAUCCUCCACCUACCCCGCUCUCUCCGCAGACAUCCUUGAACCAGCCGUGGCCUUCUUAUGGUAACGCCGGAUCGGUUCCUCGAUCGUCAGAUUCUAAGUCCCCAGUAUCAGGUCGACGACCGGAGAAACAGACGGCGGUAGCGAACAGAUUGAUUGCGGGAGCGCUGGGCAUUCGAGCUCCGAAGCGGACGGAAGAGCAGCGUGCGUAUGACCGAGCUGUGAAAGAACAAGAGAUCAAGAGGAGAAAUAAAGAGCGCGAGGAAGCCGCCAAGGCACGGGAAGAAGAAGAAAAGGCGAAGGCGGCUGUGUGGGAUGCAUGAUUAUCGCCAAUACUUUAUCUGUUAUUACAAGGCGUCUUGGGUUGAUGUAUUUCAUACGCUUACACUACACUAAUCUGACCUAAAUUUUGU